AUGCGAGAGACUGAGCUGCUUCACGGCCCACAGCCGCUGCUGGCGGUGUACAGCCUACUUGUGCAUGUGCGCAGAAGCCUGCACAAGUUCAUGAAAGGGACCCUCAAUUCGGCGGCCACUAUCUCCUUCAAGAACUUUCUCUACAUCAGUUCUGCGUCACGCACCAGCACCUCUUUAAGACCUUCGAAACCUCGCGAGACCCCAACCUGCGUAUCAACAUCUUAUAUUAAUGGCAUGAUCAAAGCGAAGAGCCAGCUCAGCGAGAUGGUCAAGUCUCUCGAGGAUGAGACUGGCGCCUUCGAGCGCUUCCAGGAGAUCAUCCAGAAGGCUCGAUCGAAUAAAGCCGCCAGCCAAUUGGAUAAAGCACUCAACCAGUUUGAAGCCAUUUUGGAGUAUCACAAACGGCAAGGUGAGGAGGACAACUCCCUGAAACGAAGAAUGAAAGACAAGAAGGCUGUAGCAAAAAAGAAGGCAUCGCGGGAGUCAAGCCGCAAGAAGAUGGAGCGACCAGAUCAACGAGAGCUCGUGCAGGACCUGAACAGGAACCGGACGCUGAGCCCGAAGUCGCCGACAAGGAUGAUUUAA